CUUAGCUCAAAAUGAAGGUUGAUGCAAAAGAUAUUCCCUUGCGUAUUCUCACGCACAAUAUCCGGUAUGCAACUACUUCUCCGUUCAGAGGCGAGCGAUUCUGGGAAGAACGAGCGCCGCGCCUCCUCAACGAGCUUCGUUACAAUACUCGCAAUCAAGAUGCAUUCAUAUGCCUACAGGAGGUCCUAGAUAACCAAUUAAUAGACAUCUUAUCUGGGUUGAACUCGAAUGACCAUGUCGAUUCGGGAGCUGCAGCAGAGAGCUCCGACCAUACCUGGGCCUACAUUGGCGUUGGUCGAGAUGAUGGCUACAAAGCAGGCGAGUACUCGCCCAUACUAUACCGCCCGUCCGUCUGGGAGCUUCGACACUGGGAGACUGUCUGGCUCUCCGAAACACCGGAUGUCCCCUCCAAGAGCUGGGAUGCUGCGUCAAUUCGCAUCGUGACUAUUGGACUAUUCACCCAUCAUGUCAGCCGCCAUACAGUUCUGGCCAUGAACACGCAUCUGGAUGACCAAGGAUCGCGUUCUCGAUUUGAAGCGGCCCAUAUAAUAUUGCAUAAGAUUGACGAGUAUCGAAACGGACGCUUCGGAAACAUCAUAUCCGGCAUCUUCCUCGCAGGUGACCUGAAUAGCGAAGAUACUCAAGAAGCGUACGCCGUGUUAACGGCACUAGAGUCCCCAAUGGUUGAUUCGGCGACCUUGGUGGACACGGCCGACUACUACGGUAACCAGACGACUUGGACGGGCUUCGGAUACGAGGGAGAGGACCCCAAACGCAUUGAUUAUAUCUUGCUGGGGCCGGCUGUCCGAGGUGACGGUCCUGGUCGUGGACUUCCCUGGAAUAUCGAAGGAACGGACAGUGCCCAGCGCGCCCAGGUGCCGAGGUAUUGUCGGUACAAGCAAGUCACCAUUUGA